AUGGCGCCGCUGCUGCUGCUCCUGCUCCUUCUGGCCGACCUGCUCAGGUCAGCCAGACUGUGCAGCACCAGGUCACCGCUAGGGGCGCCAGAGCGCGCACAUGGGCCUGACCAGUGCCUGGCCUCAGGAAGGGAACUGGCAGCCAUUGAGAGGUCCCCGCGGGUGUGCGGAGGGGACUGCAGUGACCCAGGCCUGAGGAGGCUUCCUUGUGGCCCCUGUCAGGAGGAGCGAUCGCAGGAGACGGGCGCGGGGCGGGGCCUCGGCGAGGCGGCCCCGGAGCUUCACCUGCCGCUGGGAUCCCCAGGAACUGAGGCGCGGGCUGCUGCGAGGCCGGCGGACACACGGGCUGGAGGGAGCGCGCGGCCGUCCGCACUUGGCCUGGCUCCGGGGAGCCCGGGCGGCGAGCGCGGCGGACGCAGCCAGACUGUGGGCCCCGGACCCCGGGCAGGCAGCAAGCGGGCUCCUGGGCACGGCGCGGCGGGGAAAAUGACCGCGGGCUCCUGCGCGCUCUUCCUGCUGCUCUCGCUCUCCGGCUCGCUCCGGGAUGUGACCUUCUGCUUGAAUUAUCUCAAGAGCUUUAGAAAUAUGAGUGCACACCUGAGGAGUUUACAUGGGGUUGUGACGGAGGUGCCAAGGAGCCCCAAGGAUUGCUGACCAGGCAGAACAUACCAACCCUGAGAGGAAGCAAGACAUCAAGCCUCUGAAACCGUGACAGAGGGAAAGCAGGAUCUGGAGAGAGCCUCACAUUGGCCCAGAAUGAAGAAAGAGGCCGCUUCUCUCGAAGUGGCUUUCUGUUACCAAAACUGAACUGGUACAGAAUCCACUUCAGAAGGUUU